CUCCUUAUCUCUCGCCCAUUUUUUCUCAAUCCGUCUUCAAAAAUUCGUUAGUGAGAGAAAUCAAAAUUCAAAAAGUCUCUCUCGGUCACCGGAAAAUCUUCUUCUCAGGAAUUCGAGGAGACUAUUCUAAUCGGAAAUCGCGCUUCUCAAACCCAGAAUUAGAGGACGCUUAAGGGUGUUAAUCUUCUAAGAAAAGGAUUCUGUUGAAACAAUGAAGUAUAAAGAUGAGAAGUACGAGAAAGCUGAGAAGGGUUCAAGGGUUUUGCCCAAGACACUCUUACUGAUUCUUCUUUGUGGACUUUCGUUCUAUCUUGGUGGGUUGUAUUGUGGGAAGAACAAAAUUGAAGUUAAUGAUGUUGCAAAGGCUGAAUCUUCUUCCUUAGAUGUUGAUGACUCUCUUCAAGUCAAAUCUGUUUCUUUCUCGGAAUGUAGCAGUGACUACCAGGAUUACACUCCGUGCACUGAUCCAAGGAAAUGGAAGAAGUAUGGUACUCACAGGCUUACUUUCAUGGAAAGACAUUGUCCUCCUGUGUUUGAUAGAAAGCAGUGUCUGGUUCCUCCUCCUAAUGGGUAUAAGCCACCAAUAAGAUGGCCAAAGAGCAAAGACGAAUGUUGGUACAGGAAUGUGCCAUAUGAUUGGAUUAACAAGCAGAAAUCUAACCAGAACUGGCUAAGAAAAGAGGGUGAAAAGUUCAUUUUUCCUGGUGGAGGUACAAUGUUUCCACAUGGAGUCAGUGCAUAUGUCGAUUUGAUGCAAGAUUUGAUCCCUGAAAUGAAAGAUGGGACUAUACGCACAGCCAUUGACACUGGUUGUGGGGUUGCGAGCUGGGGAGGCGAUUUGUUGGACCGCGGUAUCCUCACGGUAUCACUCGCCCCAAGAGAUAAUCACGAAGCUCAAGUCCAGUUUGCUCUAGAACGUGGAAUUCCUGCGAUUCUCGGCAUCAUUUCCACUCAACGUCUCCCUUUUCCUUCAAAUUCAUUUGAUAUGGCUCAUUGCUCAAGAUGCCUUAUUCCGUGGACAGAAUUCGGUGGAGUCUAUCUUCUGGAGGUUCACCGUAUCCUAAGGCCUGGUGGCUUCUGGGUCUUGUCUGGUCCACCAGUCAACUAUGAGAACCGUUGGAAAGGUUGGGACACAACCAUUGAAGAGCAGAGAUCAAACUACGAGAAGCUGCAAGAAUUGUUAUCUUCAAUGUGCUUCAAAAUGUAUGCCAAGAAAGAUGAUAUCGCAGUGUGGCAAAAAUCUUCAGACAAUCUAUGCUAUAACAAGUUGUCUAACGACCCUGAUGCAUACCCGCCAAAAUGUGACGACAGCCUUGAGCCAGAUUCUGCUUGGUAUACACCGUUACGCCCUUGUGUUGUGGUUCCAAGCCCUAAGCUUAAGAGGACAGAUUUGGAAUCUACUCCCAAGUGGCCAGAGAGAUUGCACACAACUCCCGAAAGAAUCUCUGAUGUUCCUGGAGGAAAUGGUGGCGUGUUUAAGCACGAUGAUAGCAAAUGGAAGACAAGGGCUAAGCAUUACAAGAAGCUGUUACCCGCGAUUGGCUCUGAUAAGAUUCGAAAUGUGAUGGAUAUGAACACUGCUUAUGGAGGUUUGGCUGCUGCUCUGGUCGAUGAUCCUUUGUGGGUUAUGAACGUUGUCUCUUCUUACGCUGCGAAUACACUUCCCGUUGUGUUUGAUCGUGGAUUGAUUGGAACAUAUCAUGACUGGUGUGAAGCUUUUUCGACAUAUCCAAGAACUUACGAUCUUCUCCACGUAGAUGGGUUGUUUACAUCUGAAAGCCAAAGGUGUGAUAUGAAAUAUGUAAUGCUGGAAAUGGAUAGGAUCUUGCGUCCUAACGGGUAUGCGAUUAUACGCGAAUCUAGCUACUUCGCAGAUACGAUUGCAUCAGUUGCUAAAGAACUGAGAUGGAGUUGCCGUAAGGAACAAACAGAGUCUGAAUCAGCGAAUGAGAAGCUCUUGAUUUGCCAGAAGAAGCUGUGAAGCUCUGGAUUCCGUCUCUUCCCGUCGUCGGCGACGGUGGUUUUGCCCGUUGGCUCUGAGGUUCUAUCAGGCUUUAAUUUAAGUGGAUUUUCAUCUUCUGAGAUAUGGAGCAAGUUUUUGUCUGGCCAAGCUGCUAUCACUAUCGGCUUUUCUCAUUCCAAGAAGCGCUCGAUUGGCGGUUUCUUGUACGUUCAGAUUUCCUUGUGGGCUCUUUCGUUAACUGCACUUAGUGGUCAAACCCUCUUCUAUGAUCUUUAGAGGAAGGCGUGAGGCAAAUUUCUGAGACAGGGCUGAAGUCUGCAAAUUCUUCCUUCGCAUAGUCCUAGAGAAACGUCUUUGUUCCUCUCUUUCAUAUCUUGUUCUUAUGGGUGCUGGUUGAAGAAAGAUACAUCAGUUUUCUUUUUCAAGUUUUACGUAUGUGGUUUCCUUGAGUCUGAACCCCUGAGUGAGAUGUUGUGAGCAUAGGGUCCUUCCUAUUAGCCAACACAUUCUUUCUUGUUGGUUCCUUGCGUCUUUGAGUUCUCAGUAUGUGUUUUCCUCUUCUCUUGUUGUCUUUCUUUUGCCUUAAUGGUCAACCCGUUUAUGUUCAAAGUAAAUAACGGUCAGUCUA